GCCAUUUAGCGAGCGACAGCAACGCAUCGUUACGAGUAGUCGUGCAUGAGGAUUCCAAGUGGGCAGAUCGCUUUGACUAGACAGAACAAUCGCGCUUAACAUAUUGCAUUGGAUUAUAACUUGAGGGACGAAAGGAACAAUCGAGUAUCUCGAUUAAGUUAGUUUAUUAUGGAAUACUGGACGAUAGUCUUAUCGAUAUUAGCCGGCGUACUCACUGUUUAUUAUUAUUUCUCGUCCCGCAAACGAUCGAACGUUUUUCAGCAGCACGGGAUUCCAUGUAAAAGGCCGCCGUUCGUGUUAGAAAGAUGUUGGGAAAUAUUUGUACGUCCAAAAAGUUUUGCCGCGGUAAAUAAAGAAAUAUACAAUUUUCAUCCCGAUGCUAAGUAUAUUGGUUUCUUUAAUUUCUCGCAAUUGGUCGUCGUGUUACGUGAUCUCGAAUUGAUCAAGUCUAUCGGUAUCAAAAAUUUCGACUCGUUUCAAGAUCACAUAUUCUUCGGCAGCGAUGCCCAAGAUCCGCUUUUCGGAAAAAAUCUGCUCGCACUUCGCGGAGAUCAAUGGCGUGACGUCAGGACGCUUUUGAGUCCUUCUUUUACGUCUAGCAAAAUGAGAGCUAUGUUUCAAUUGAUGUCCGAGUGUGCCGUAAAUUUUUCGGAGUAUUUGGUAAAAGUGCCGUCUGAGAAACGCAUUAUGGAAAUGAAGGACAUUUUCUCGAGAUACACUGCCGAUGUGAUCGCCACGUGUGCUUUUGGCAUUAGCGUGGAUUCGAUGAGAGACCCGGGCAACGAUUUCUACACGUUCGGCACAAAAGCGACAAAUUUUAACAAGAUCGCUCUUAUAAAAAUCCUGCUGUACCAACACAUGCCGUGGCUCAUGCGUCUGUUAAAUCUUAAGAUGAUAAAUGAACGUACCAACGCAUUCUUUAUAAAUCUGAUAGCUGACACCAUAAAGAUCAGAGAUGAGAAAAAUAUCAUUCGACCGGACAUGCUCCAGCUGAUGAUGGAUAGUAGAGGAAAAAGAGAGCCUGGGAGAGAACUAACCAUUCUGGACAUGACAUCGCAGGCGUUCAUCUUUUUCUUCGCUGGUUUCGACAGUAGCUCGACCUUGAUGAGUUUCUUAGCGCACGAGAUUACCGUCAAUCCACAUGUCCAGGAGAAACUGCAAAAUGAAAUCGAUAAGAUUUUGGAAGAUACGAACGGUCAACCAUCCUACGAGACAAUCAACGGAAUGGCGUAUCUCAAUGCUACGAUUAACGAGACUCUUAGAAUGUAUCCGGUGCAAUUGAUGACGGAUAGGGUGUGCACGAAAGACUUUGAGUUGCCCGCUACAUUGCCAGAUGCGAAACCAUUUCUCGUGAAGGCAGGAAUGUUAAUCUGGAUCUCUUUUUACGGCCUCCAGCACGAUCCCAAGUACUUUCCGGAGCCGGAGAAAUUCAAGCCUGAGAGAUUCCUGGAUGAAAACAGAGGGAGCGAGUGUAAUCUCAAUGCUUAUUAUCCAUUCGGAUUAGGACCAAGAAUGUGCAUCGGUAACAGAUUUGCGUUGCUGGAGACGAAAGUUAUGCUAUUUCAUCUAUUGGCUCGUUGUGAUUUAAAGCCAUGCGAGAAAACUCCGAUACCGUUGAAACUAAAAAAGGGUGGAUUUUCGAUGCGGGCCGAAGGCGGUUUUUGGUUGAGCAUUGUGCCAAGGGAGAAACGAUAAUCUACACAACCGCUCACAAAUACAAAUUAAGUACCUUAGUUGUAAGUUAAUCUUUAUACUGAAUACGAAUAUUGAAAGCUAUUCAAAACCUACGAAAAUGGGAGACCACGGGCAUAUUUUAUAUUAUAUCAAUAGACAAUAUAUUAUAUACGUAUAAACUUAUAAAAUAAAUAAAGUAAACAUGAUAAAGAGGUUUAUGAGAGACGAGGUCGUGUGGCGAUUUUGCAAAUCAUUCUAUCGACGCCAGUAAUCUUGAUUAUAAAAAAAAAAAUCUUUUAUUCCCUCCAUCAUUGAUCAAUGAUUAAUCAUACACGUGUUCAAGAUCGUCGGAAAUAGUUAUUCUAAUAAGCAAUCUUGUCAUCUUUCCAUUGACCAACUGUUGAUCGGCGUAAAUCACGAUAAUCACGUUAAACAUUAGCAAUGUGCAAAAAGCAAAAAUAUAUUUAAAAAUAUGAAAGAUGAUACUGCCAAUCCAAUAUAUUUUAUCUCAAUCUAAACAAAUUGUAUCAACAACGACGGAGAUAUCUGAGUUAGAUAUCUUAAUUUGUCGGGAUACUGCCGGUAACUGCUCUUGCGUAAGCAAUGAUGAUCACGUGAACGUUGUGAACGUAUAUAUAAGAAACAUCAUUUCGAUGUAGCAGCAGUCGAUCGUCGAAUCUCGACGCGUAAAGUUGUCUCCGCAUACUAUCUUCGCUAUUAAUU